AUGCCUGCGUCACAACCCCCAGGUAGCGCCAAUCUCUCAGCCAAAAUCUCCGUUAAAAAGGACCGGAAUGCCCGCCACACGCGGGCUACUUCUUGGUCGACCGGUUACGAUCAAGGCGGCGAGCCCUCCGACUCUGCACAACCUCAACGUCGUCGUCGCGAAUCCAACAUUUCCCUCGCCAGCGUCUCCGAGGGUCCCGGUGGCCCUGUAGACAGCGAUAACGAAGACGACAGCCUCGACGACGCCGACUCCAACAUGGCGUUGAAGAACACCUCGAUGGACUGGCGAGGCCAUGCCCGCAGUCGCUCUCAAAGCCAGCCUCAAAUUACUACUCUACAACAACACCCCGUUCAACAAUCACAACAACCACCCGUUUCCUCGGUCCCUGCUCGUCCGGCCCCCGUCACUUGGAUGUCGCUGCCCCGAAAACAGCAGCUGGGUCUGCUGGGUCUCUGUCGUGUCUUUGAUUUCUUGCAGAUCGCUUCCCUGCAGGCGUACAUGUUCUACCAACUCAAGUCGUUUGAUCCCGGCCUGUCCAACUCGGACGUUGCGACUCAGGCGGGUAUCUUGCAGGGUGCUUUUACGGCCGCUCAGUUCGCGACGGCGAUUCCCUGGGGCCGCGUGGCGGAUGCCGAAUGGGGUGGGCGGAGGUUCGUCCUGCUGGUCGGUUUGCUGGGGACGUCUGCUUCGUGUUUGGGUGUUGCCUUUUCGACGUCGUUCGCGCAGGCCGUGUUCUGGCGUUCGUUUGGCGGUGCUAUUAACGGGACGGUGGGGAUUAUCCGGACCAUGAUUGCGGAGAAUGUUAAAGAGAAGAAGUAUCAUUCGAGGGCGUUUUUGAUUCUGCCGAUUGGGUUUAAUGUGGCGUCUUUGUUUGGGCCUGUUAUGGGUGGUAUGCUCUCUGACCCUGUCGCGAGUUACCCGGCAUUGUUCGGUUCCAAUUCUUCCUUUGGAGGCGAGUCUGGCGUGCAAUGGCUUAUGAGGUAUCCCUAUGCUUUGCCUAUGCUGGCCAACGCCUUUUUCCUUACUUUCUGCGCUGUCUGCGUCUUCUUCGGUCUUGAAGAGACUUUGGAAGCUUGCAAGGGUAAGCCAGGUCCUGGCGCCUAUGCGAUGAAGCUCUUCACCCGUCUGGCCAAGACUGUCGUUCCAUCUUCAUCUCCGCUAUAUUCGAAACUUCCCUUCAACGACUACGAAGAACAGGGUCCCUUGCUUGGCCGACGAAUGGACACCACCGAGAGCUUCGAGCUGGAAGAAAAGGCCAAGCCCAUGCGCAGCGGUCCCCGUACUUUGUCUUUUACCAAGAUCUGGACAAAGAACGUUUUGUGCACACUGUUGGCUCAGUGCUUUUUCGACUUUCAGAUGGGUGCCUUUAACAACCUCUGGUUGCUUUUCCUCUCCACCCCUCGAUACGAUGUCAACGACCCCACUAGUCCCGCUCAGAACCUGCCUUUCACUUUCACCGGAGGUCUGGGUAUGUUGCCGCAAAGUGUUGGUUUCGCUACUGCCAUCUUGGGUGUGAUUGGCAUGCUUCUCCAGUUCACCAUUUAUCCCUCGAUCAACGGCCGUCUGGGCACCGCCAAAAGCUACCAGUAUUUCCUUUCGCUUUUCCCGCUGGCGUACGCCUUUGCUCCGUACAUCGCUCUCGCGCCGUCGUCUACGCCUCCUCCCGGACAGGCCAAUGGCCCUUGGGUCUGGUUCUCUAUCAUUGUCGUCCUCUUCCUGCAGGUCACAGCCCGUACAUUCACCCUUCCGACUUCGAUCAUCCUCUUGAACAACUGCUCUCCUCACCCGUCCGUUCUAGGAACCAUUCACGGUAUUGGCCAGUCCGUUUCCUCCGCCUUCCGAACCAUUGGUCCUAUCUUCUCCGGUGCUUGGUACGGAUACGGCUUGGAAGUUGGUAUGGUCGGAUUCGCCUGGUGGCUGAUUGCCCUGGUUUCCGUCUUCGGAUGUGUUGCUGCCAUCUUCGUCUACGAAGGCUCAGGCCAUGAGAUUCUUCUCCCGGGAGAGGAAGAAGACGAAUUAUAA